AUGCGCGACUUCAGAAGUCUAGUUCAGAACAUGACUAACAUAAAACAACUUCAUCUUAGUUGGGUAGAGAUAUUCUCCACAGUGCCCAAUACGUUGGUGAAUGUGUCGUCUCUCACAUCUCUUCGUCUUCAUAGAGGUUUCUUGGUGGGGCAAUUCCCAGUAGGCAUUUUCCAGCUACCAAACUUGCAAGUACUAGAUUUGUCCUAUAACGAUUAUCUAACCGGUUAUUUUCCUGAGAACCUUAACAGCAGCAGUCCCUUGAGGAUGCUUGAUCUUGGAACAACCAAUUUCACUGGUCAUCUACCUGCUUCAAUUGGAGACCUUCGUGCCUUAAAUUUAUUGAAUAUAGCUUACUGUGACUUUUAUCCCAGUGUUCCAUCUUCACUUGCCAACCUUACCCAGCUCAAUUUCCUUGAUCUCUCUUCUUUCUUUCAUUCAGGUUUUAACGGUCCAAGAAACAAUAAAUUCCCUGGCCAAGUAUUUGAUUCCUGGUCUUGGAUUGGAAAGCUGACCAAACUUAACUACUUGUUCCUUGUUGAUACCAACUUAAGGGGAGAUUUCCCAUGUUUUUUGGCUAAUCUGACACAACUUUCAGAAUUAUACUUGGGCUACAAUCAAAUAACUGGUCAGAUCCCAGAUUGCCUUGUCCAACUGACACAGUUAACUGUGUUAGACCUGCGAUCCAACAAUUUGCAAGGAGCAAUUCCCAGGUCACUAUUCGAGCUUAGAAAUCUUGAAUAUGUAUACCUCAACUCAAAUAACUUGAGCGGGAAUGUUGAAUUCAAUGAGUCCUCCAAGCACAAAAAGUUGAUCUUACUUCAUUUAUCGCUCAACAAGUUAUCUGUGCAGUUCAGAACUGGUUUUACCGCUCCAGAGCUUAUAAAACUAGGAUUGGGUUCAUGCAACCUAACAGAAUUUCCGGAAUUCUUGAAGUACGCUAGUGAACUGAGGCAUCUUGAUCUAUCUGACAACACUCUUCAAGGUCAAAUACCAAAAUGGAUGUGGAGUUCAGCUGGUACUGAAACUUUGUAUCAUCUCAACCUCUCUCACAACCACUUAACUGGAUUCGAAGAGAAUCCGGUCAUUAUUCCAUGGAGUUCGUUAAAUUCUUUAGAGCUCGACUCUAACAUGUUACGAGGAGCGCUGCCAAUUCCAGGGCCGUCAAUGACUGUCUAUUCUGUAUCAAACAAUGAAUAUUCUGGAGAAAUUCCAACAGCAUUCUGCAGCAGAGGGACCCUAACUAUUCUUGAUUUGUCAAACAACAACCUGAAGGGCAUGAUUCCGCAAUGUUUUGAAAAUCUCAGAUUUCUUGAGAUAUUGAAACUGCAGAACAAUUCUUUUCACGGGGAUAUUCCCCAAAUGUGUUCAAACAAAAGUGCAGAGUUAGAAGCGAUUGACUUGAGUUAUAAUCAGCUACAAGGGAAGCUACCAAGAUCAAUAGCCAGUUGUUAUAAACUGAUGUUUCUCAAUAUGGGAAAUAAUCUGAUCAGAGAUACUUUCCCAUCUUGGUUAGGACAACUUCCAGAAUUAAAAGUCCUCAGUUUGCGGUCUAAUGCAUUUCAUGGCAUAAUUGGAAAUCCUGCAAGUACCCAAGAGUUCCCUGUGCUGUCCAUUGUUGAUCUAUCUAGCAAUGACUUUUCAGGUAUGUUGCCCUCAAACUACUUGGAGAAUUGGGAUGCCAUGAAAUCUGUUAAUGAAACCGAUGAAGUAUCCUACAUCGAUAAGCCUAUCAGGGUCGGGAUUGAAGUUCAAGAAGUACCCUACUAUGAUUACCCGAUCACACUUUUUAGCAAAGGGGUGGAAUUGAAGUAUUUGAAGACCCCUUAUCUUCUGAGGCUGAUAGAUCUCUCAAGUAACAGAUUUGAAGGACAGAUUCAAGGUAUCAUUGGGAACCUAAGAGCGCUUCAUCUGCUCAAUCUUUCCAACAACACUCUCAAUGGUUCCAUCCCCUCUUCUUUGGGGAACUUGACUGCUCUUGAAUCGUUGGAUCUCUCCCAAAAUCAGCUCUCAGGAAAGAUCCCCAGUGAUCUGGCACAACUGACAUUCCUUGCAUACUUUAAUGUAACCCACAAUCGGCUUUAUGGUCCUAUCCCACAAGGUCGACAGUUUGAUACAUUCCAAGAGGAUACGUACCAAGGAAACUCAGAUUUGUGUGGAAAAUCUUUGUCAAAGAAAUGUCAAGAUUCUGAGAGCAAAACACCACAAACAUCAACCUUUGAAGAAGACGAAGACUCCGGGUUUCAUAUUGAGCUAGAUUGGUUUGUGGUUCUACCAGGAGCUAUUGCUGGCCUAAUAGUUGGAAUGGUUGGGGGGAACUUCUGGACAGCCAAGAAGCAUGACUGGGCUGAGUUGGAGAAAACAGAACAGAAAUUUGAGGUGAGAGACGUACCAGACCCAAUUGAGGGAGGCCCUUGCAAUAAUCUUUACACCAAAAGAUUCUAUGAGCAAGCCGGUCCAGCAGGACUUAUUUCUCACAAGGAUAUCUUCGCUUCAAUUUACAACACUGUAAAACAAUUGUUCAAAUAUGUGUUUGCAUACACAGCUCAUGUGCCAUCUUAUGCAGAUUUAUGUGGAGGGCUUGUGGCACUCUGCCACGAUGAUGAACGCUCUGCCUUGUUGCAAUUCAAAGCUAGUUUCAUGAUAAACAAGUCUGCUUCCCAAGAUCCCAAUGCUUAUCCAAAAGUCGCAUCUUGGGGUUUGCCAGAAGGAGAUCCUAAGAGGAGUAACUGUUGUUCAUGGGAUGGUGUCGAAUGCCACGACGACUCUGGCCAUGUUAUAGGCCUUGACCUUGCUAGCAGCUGUCUUUAUGGUUCCAUCAACUCCAACAGCAGUCUGUUUGAACUUGUUAAGUUGCAGAGGCUUGACCUCUCUGACAAUAACUUCAGCUUCUCUCAAAUACCAUCCAGGUUAGGCCAUGAUCUUAUUAGUCUAACAUAUCUCAACCUUUCAGUGUCUUCAUUCUCUGGCCAAAUUCCAUCAGAAAUUUCAUUUCUAUCCAAACUGUCUGCCCUUGAUCUGUCUUCUAGUUUCCAGUCUCCUCUCAAAAUGCCCGACUUCAGAAGCCUAGUUCAGAACUUAACCAGCAUAAAACAACUUCAUCUUACUUGGGUAGAGAUAGGCUCCACAGUGCCUAAUACAUUGGUGAAUCUGUCUUCUCUCACAUCUCUCCGUCUUCAAGCAUGUAGCUUGGAGGGGCUACUCCCAGCAGGCAUUUUCCACCUACCAAACUUGCAAGUACUUGAUUUGUCCGAUAACUAUUAUCUAACCGGUUACUUUCCUAAGGACCUUAACAGAAGCAGUCCUUUGAGGCUACUUGAUCUUGGAGCAACCUUUUUCUCUGGUUAUAUACCUUCUUCAAUUGGAGACCUUCGUGCCUUAACUUUGUUGAACAUCUCAUUCUGUGGCUUUUAUCCCCAUGUUCCAUCUUCACUUUCCAACCUUACCCAGCUCAAUUCCCUUGAUCUUUCUUCUUUUUAUCACUAUAGUUAUGACCCUGUCCUUCCAACUAUUCAUACUUUCAGUGACCAAGUUUCAGAUUCCUGGUCUUGGUUCGGAAAGCUGACCAAACUUUCCCACUUGGUCCUUGUGAAUGCCAACUUAAGGGAAGAUUUGCCAUGUUCGUUGGCUAAUCUGACACAACUUUCAAAACUAGACUUGAGCGAGAAUCAAAUAACUGGUGCAAUCCCAUAUUGUUUGGCUAACCUGACACACCUUUCAGAACUAGACUUGAGCCAAAAUCAACUAAGUGGUGAAAUCUCAUCUUGCCUCGUGCAGUUGACCCAGUUAACUUUGUUAGACCUACGAUUGAACAAUCUGCAAGGAGCAAUUCCCAGGUCACUAUUCGAGCUUAGAAAUCUUGAAUAUAUUCACCUCCAAGCAAAUAACUUGAGUGGAUAUGUUGAAUUCGAUGACAUUUCCAAGCUCCAAAAGUUGAAGGUACUUCGUUUGUCGCUGAACAAGUUAUCUGUGCAUAUCAAACCUGGAUUUAGUGCUAUUCCUCCAAAGCUUAAAGAACUAGGAUUGGGUUCAUGCAAUUUAACAGAGUUUCCGGAAUUUUUGAAGUACACUAGAGAACUGCUGGAUCUUGAUCUAUCUGACAACAAUCUUCAAGGCCAAAUACCAAAAUGGAUGUGGAAUUCAUCUGGUGAAACCUUGUUGUUUCUCAACCUCUCUCACAACCACUUAACUGGGUAUGAAGAAAAUCUGGUCAUUAUUCCAUGGCAUUCUUUAAUGUCUUUAGAGCUUCACUCAAACAUGAUGCGAGGAUCACUGCCAAUUCCAGGGCCGUCAAUGGCAGUCUAUUCUGUUUCAAACAAUGAAUAUGGAGGAGAGAUUCCAGCAACAUUUUGCAACACAACUAUGGAGGCCCUUUAUAUUCUUGAUUUGUCUAAUAACAACUUGAAUGGCACGAUUCCCCAAUGUUUUGUCAAUCUCAGACAUCUAUACAUACUGAAACUGCAGAACAAUUAUCUCCACGGGGACAUUCCUCAACUAUGCUCACUCAGAGGUACGUGGUUAAGGGGGAUUGACUUAAGUCAUAAUCAGCUACAAGGCAAGCUGCCUAGAUCAAUUGCCAGUUGUCCUAGGUUGAUGUUUGUUAAUUUGAGAAAUAAUCAGAUCAGAGAUACAUUCCCCUCUUGGUUAGGAAAACUUCAACAACUGAGAGUUCUCAUUUUGCGGUCGAAUGCAUUCCAUGGCAUAAUUGGGAAGCCUGCAAGUAGUCAUGAUUUCCCUGAGCUGUCCAUUGUUGACUUAUCUAGCAAUGAAUUCUCUGUAUUUGGCCCAGUAGUGCUAACCCCGCCAAAUGUAAAGCCUGUGGGACAUAAAUGGGUUUUUGUUAGAAAGCGAAAUGAGAAGAAUGAGGUAUUAAGAUAUAAAGCCCGCCUUGUGGCGCAAGGUUUCUCACAACGCCCUGGAAUUGACUACGAGGAGACAUAUUCUCCUGUAAUGGACGUUAUAACUUUCCUCUACCUUGUCAGUUUGGUAGUUUCUGAAAAACUUGACAUGCAGCUUAUGGAUGUGGUUACUGCAUAUCUCUAUGGGGAUCUGGAUUCAGAGAUAUAUAUGAAAGUUCCUAAUGGACUUCCAUUACCCAAAUCAAGUAGCUCUAAACCACGGAGCGCAUUCUCAAUAAGGUUGAGACGUUCACUAUAUGGAUUAAAGCAAUCUGGACGUAUGUGGUAUAAUCGUCUAAGUGAAUACUUGAUUAGGAAGGGAUAUGUGAAUAAUGAACUAUGCCCAUGCGUGUUUAUUAAGAAAACAAGUUCUGGAUUUGCAAUUGUCGCUGUCUAUGUUGAUGACAUGAACAUUAUUGGGACUCUUGAUGAGUUAAAGGACACUGCAAAGUAUUUGAAAUCCGAAUUCGAGAUGAAAAAUCUUGGGAAGACACGGUUUUGCCUAGGACUAGAGCUAGAGCACCGUAGUAGUGGAAUAUUAGUCCACCAGUCAGCUUAUGUCCACAAAAUGUUGAGAAGAUUUAACAUGGACAAAGUUCAUUCUGUUAGCACUCCCAUGAUCGUCCGCAGCCUAGAUCCAAAAAAGGAUCCAUUUCGUCCAAAGGAUGAGGACGAAGAAGUCUUGGGGGCUGAAGUGCCUUACCUAAGUGCAGUAGGUGCAUUACUGUAUUUAGCUCAAUGCACAAGACCGGACAUCUCAUUUGCUGUAAACUUGUUAGCUAGAUUUAGCUCAGCGCCCACGCAACGCCAUUGGACUGGCAUAAAGACAAUCUUCCGGUACUUAAAGGGUACGAUAGAUAUGGGCUUGUUCUAUCCCUACAGAGAGACAAGAAGAAAGGCUUUCAUUGCAGGAAGCAAGGACUCCACCAGUGAGGGUGCCGCCACUUGUUCCUUCACCCCUUACACCAACAAUCCAUGUGAUGUGUUGGUUGGUUUUGCUGAUGCUGGACUGGGACAUCCAGGUCGUGAUAUGAUGAUCCGUAUUUUGAAAAACUCAAACGGACAUCCCUUCUUCAGAGUGAAAGGAAGCAAGUAUCGUCAGUUAGAUGUUGAUGCCGCUACAAACUCCCAGCGGAAAAGAACUAACACCAACAAUGGCGCUUUAGUUCCAUAUCAUGCUUCUCAAGUCAAUGAUGACUUUGAGCUUGAACCAACAUCCUCAUUGGUCAUAUCAGAUGCUCAUCGUUCAUUCUACAAAGCCUGUUCUUUAGCCAAAGUGGGAUCGAGACCGUCCUAUAAUAAAGACACUAAAGAGAACAUUCCAUUCUUACAACGUAUCCAAGGUGAUAUUUGUGGACCUAUCCACCCAUCAUGCGGGCCAUUCAGAUAUUUCAUGGUACUGGUGGAUAUGCUUCGACACGAUGGUCACAUGUCGCUACUUUUGUCCACAAGAAAUGCUGCAUAUUCUAAACUCCUGGCACAAAUUAUUCGCUUGAGGGCUCACCACCCAGAUCAUCCUAUUAAGUCAAUACGUCUUGACAAUGCUGGGGAGUUUACGUCGCAAAUAUUUGAUGAUUAUUGCAUGUCCAUUGGGAUUGAUGUUGAGCAUUCAGUUCCCCAUGUACAUACCCAAAACGGUAUGUUGCCCUCCGACUACUUAGAGAACUGGAAUGCUAUGAAAUUUGUUGAUGCAAACGAGCUGAUAUACGUCCAAUCUUUCCUCUUCUUCCCGAUGUACGAAAAAUGGUUCUACUAUGAUUACCUGAUUACAGUUUUCAGUAAAGGUGUGGAAUUGAACUAUUUCAAGACCCCUUCUCCUCUGUUAUUCAUAGACCUCUCAAGUAACAGCUUUGAAGGAGAGAUUCCAGGUAUCAUUGGGAAUCUAAGAGGGCUUUAUUUGCUCAAUCUUUCCAACAACACUCUCACUGGUCUCAUCCCCUCGUCUUUGGGGAACUUGACUGCUCUUGAAUCGUUGGAUCUCUCUCAAAAUCAGCUCUCAGGAAACAUCCCCAGAGUCCUGGCGCAACUGACAUUCCUUUCAUACUUUAAUGUGUCUCAUAAUCGUCUUUUGGGAUCCAUUCCACAAGGUCGACAAUUUGAUACAUUCCGAGAGGAUAUGUACCAGGGAAACUCAGGUUUGUGUGGAAAACCUUUGUCAAAGAAAUGUCAAGAUUCUGAGAUCACAACUCCUCAAACAACCUUUGAACAAGACGAAGACUCGGGGUUUCGAAUUGAGCUAGAUUGGUUUGUGGUUCUGCCAGGAGUUGUUACUGGCCUAAUAGUUGGAGUAAUUGUGGAAAACUUUUGGACAGCCAAGAAGCAUGACCGGUUUGUAGAUACAUUCAACAGGAGGAGGCAGCUGAGAAGCACAAAGCGGCGGAGGGAAUUCAGAACUUAG